GCCGGUCGUGUUCCGCUCAUGGGAGCCGGCAGCCGCCGCGCCCUCGGUGACAUCGGCAACACCAACGCCACUGGCCAGGGUGGCCUUCCCGGCGGCAAGGGAGCUGUCAAGGAGAAUGCGUCCGAGUCCCUCAGCGACAUGUCCACGCUACUCAACAACUUCCGCGAGAAGACCUCGCGCGCUGGCCUGGGUGGUGUCACCAAGUGGGGUCGCACCUCGCAGCGCACGAGCCAGUACAAGCCUCGCGACAUCUCGAAUGCGACUGGCGGCACCAUGACCACUCGCACGGGCGAGCCCGCCACCAAGCGCGAGAGCUACACCGAAUACAUCCAGGGUCGCGCCGCGAAGGAGAUGCCCGACAUCGACGCCCUGGACCGAGAGAACCCUCUUGCCGUCACUGAGUACGUCAACGACAUCUUCAGCUACUGGUUCCGCGUUGAGCCCGACACCCAGGUUGCGUCCAACUACAUGGGCAUCCAGACCGACAUCAACGACAAGAUGCGCGCCAUCCUGAUCGAUUGGCUCGUUGAGGUGCACCUGAAGUUCAAGCUCAUGCCGGAGACGCUCUUCCUCACCCACAACCUGAUCGAUCGCUUCCUCUCCAAGAAGGUGGUGACCAGGAAGAACCUCCAGUUGGUUGGUGUGACGGCGAUGCUCCUCGCGUCCAAGUACGAGGAGAUCUGGGCGCCGGAGGUUCGCGACUUUGUGUACAUCUCCGACAAGGCUUACACCCGCGAGCAGAUCCUGAGCAUGGAGAAGGACAUGCUCAACACCCUGGGCUUCCACCUGACUGUGCCCACCCCGUACCAGUUCAUGUCGCGCUUUUUCAAGGCUGCCAACGCCGACAAGCAAUUCCAGCUCCUCGCCUCCUUCAUCGUCGAGAGCUCGCUGCCCGACUACAGCAUGCUCAAGUACCCGGGUUCCCUCCUCGCCGCGUCGGCUGUGUACGUGGCGAUGAAGACGCUCGGCAAGGGUGAGUGGAACGAGGUGAUGGAGGCGCACACGCGGUACACCGAGGCGGAGAUCAGGCCGUGCGCCAAUGCCAUGGCGCGUCUGCAGCGCAAAUCCGCGUCCGCGUCCCUCUCGGCGGUGCACAAGAAGUACAGCAACCCCAAGUUUAUGGAGGUUGCCAGGCUUCCCGCGCCCGCCGGCUUGGGCGAGGACGCUUAAGAGUCCGAGGAGGAGUUGAGCGUAUUACGAUGAUUUGGAGGUGAGGACACGUUCAGACGGCGUGUGAUACUCUCCCCCGGGGAAGGGUCCCGGUAGUGGGGGGAGGUUACGUCGUCUCGGCACGAUGUCCGGAGGUGGGGGUGGGGAAAAGGGAAUUCGGGGUUUUUCGGGAAAACGUUGACGAACCAUGCGGAGGUUGUUUGUGCGCCGGCGGGCCUCCUGUACCAUACAGAACGAAAAGCGCCACCAGUGUCGUCACGGCUAGUUGACUAUGCUUGAUAUGAAUAACGACGGCAGAUCAUUUCAUGCUGAA